GAAAUUUCCCAGGAAAUUCCGAGGAACCCAUAAUUCCGAGGGAAUUCCGACGGAAUUCCUGAAUCCCUCGGAAUUCCGUCGGAAUUCUGGUAAACCGGUUCGUAAACCGAAAAUUCCGACAGAAUUCCGAGGGUUUCAUUUUCCGUCGGAAUUUUCGGGGUAAAACCAGAUCUGCGGAUCUUCUUCCCCAUUUCUCUCUUUUCUCUCUUUUCCCUUGGCGAUUUCCGGCUCCUCCUCCUCUCCCUUGGCGAUUUCCGGCUCCUCCUCCUCUCCCUCUUGAUAUUCGGGCUCCCCCUCCACCCCCACUCCCCUAAUCUCUCCCUCCUCCAUGGAUUCUAGUGACCAGAGUGCGAGGGCUCGAUCUCGUCGGGCCCCACCGCGAGGCCGCGCUACUUCGACGACCCCUUCGGAUUCUCGGGUUUCGUCUAGCCGGUCUCGGGGUUCGUCAUCCUCAUCGCAGAGCCCCCGUCCCGCUAUGGUUCAGCAUGCGGCUCCUUCUCCCGCUGCGGCCCCUCAUCUUCCUCACGACUUCCCAGACAUUCCCGAGCCUCAUGUCGCUCCAGGAGUGAUGACUGUUGCACAGCUGGUGCAACAGCCAGGUCGUGACCAUCUCCCUUAUCUCACUCUGUAUCCUAGGGAACCCGGUCAGACUUGGUUCGACCGAUCCCAUAACGGGAUCAGCGCUUGGAUCAACAGGAUGAUGUAUUCCGACCUCAAGAAGGGAUACGCAACCUUCACAGUGAUGCCGAGGGAUGAGCAGGAGCUCUGGUUUCGUCAGUUUGCUCAAGAGUUCAACUGGCAUCCGGAUAACACGACGUUCAUCCGCAACGCCUUCAUCCACAAAUGUAUGGAUUCAUAUUCCGGGCAAAUAUAUGAAUGGAAGCAGAAGUGGCUAGCGGAUAAGGUCCCAAAGUGGAUCAACAUGACCACUUGGGAGGAGUUGUGUGUCCAUUGGGACAAGGACUCGACGAAGCAGGUCUCUAACACCAACUCCGCCAACCGCAAGAGCGAUCGUGGCGGGAAGGGCAUGUACAAGCACAAUUUGGGUGCUCAGUCUAUUCCCACUCUCGCAGACAAGAUGGCGCAAGAAAAUGAAGGUGAGCCCGUGGGUGAUUUCCCUUUGUACAAGAGGAUCCACACCAACAAGACCACGGGCCAGAUUGAUGACGGUCUUGCGCAGGAGGUUGUCUCCCUGGUGGACAGUAUGACACAAGACGAGGAGGCCCGUCUCUCCCAGAUCCAGGCCGAUCUCGAUCUUGACGCCACAUCUACUGAGUCCACUGCCCUCUCUCAAGUCCGAAUCAACGAGCUUCUUGAAUCGGCGAUUCCAAAGAAGAAGGGACGUUUGGUCGGUUUGGGUCGUCGAUCCAAAUCGGUUCCUCCUACGUCUCAGGUGCCAGUUGAUCCUACUCUGAUGGAUCAACUGAAGGAUAAGGAUGAACGCAUCCGUCAGUUGGAGGAGAAGAUGGCGGCUCAAGAGAGAGCUAGAGAGGCAGACAGGAGGCGGAGUGAGAAGAUGAUGGCGGCCUUCAUGAGGCAAUUCCCGGACCAGAACUUCGACGUCGACGAGGACGAGUAGUUCUAACUUUAAUUUAUGUUUUAAACUUUAUUUUUAUUUUCUGUUUUGUAUGAAUAUUACUUUUGAACUAUUUAUAUUAUGUUUUUUAUUUUAAUUUUCAAUUUAAUAAUUAAUUUUCGAAUUUAAUAA